GCAGAGACCAACCAAAGCACGAUGACGGUAGAGCUGAGCAAGACCGAGCGGCGACGCGCAGCGAAGGCCAAGAAGAAGAUGGCUGCGAACAUGGAGAAACAAAAGCGGCAGGAGAAGCGCGAGGAAAUGAAGCAACGCCGCAGGGACCAAAAGAUGAAACCCAAGCAAGGGUUCAACGAAAACGGGUGCUGGAUCUGUGGUGCAUCGGACCAUCGCAAACAAGACUGCACUCAGGGUAUGUCCAACAAGAGCUGCUUCCACUGCCGGAAGAAGGGCCAUGACAUCAACUCUUGCCCGCAACGCAAGGGUGAGGGCAACGACAAGUGUUUCAACUGUGGCGAGACCGGCCACAGUCUAUGGAAGUGCCCCAAGCCGAAGGUUGGCGAUGGUACUUCAUUUGCUGAGUGUUUCGUGUGCCAAGGCACGGGGCACCUGAGUUCCAAGUGCCCGUUGUCGGAAAAGGGCAUCUACCCCAAAGGCGGGUGCUGCAAAGUGUGCCAGAGCAAAAUGCACCUGGCCAAGGACUGUCCCCACAAAGACGGCCCCCAGAACACGAAGAAGGUGUUUGAAGACGACGACGACAUCGACGAUAGCAUGAGCGGGACUGCGCCGAAUUUGUUAGGUGGAGAUGCCCUCGACAACGACAGAGACUUCAUCGAAGACAACGAGGACGAGGACAGCAAGCCGGUGGCCGUGGCGAAGGUUGCACGGACGAAGAAGGUGGUCAAAUUUUAAAGGAAAAUUGAUUAAAUUACAAUCCGACGACAUUGUUAUCCGGAAA